AUGACGAUCAGAGAUUUUCCUCUAAUCAUUGCGGCUAUCGUAAAAUCUCUUGUAUUGGUUUAUUUUUUUAAACACAAUAUCAAUUUAACUUUAUCAUAUACCUUUGAGGUACAUUAUCUGUAAAUGGACAUAUUUUGUAAAUAUUUGUUAAUGACAGACAGUUAGAUUAUGGAUUUAUGCUCUAAUAUGCAGGCAUAGAAUACAGAAAGAAAUUGGCCAAGUUGUUUGCCAUGACAACACAGAAGAGUUUGUUUUGUAAUGGCAGAAGAUGAUGUUCUCUCUACUGUGAGCAACACCACAACUGGAAGCAAUGAUCCUAUAAAUUACACAGUACAAGUUUUACCCACUCCACUCCUGGAUGACAACUCUCGAGAAAUCAUUAUCUGGAGUUUGGUUUGUGCCUGUAUAACAUUGGUAGCAUUAGGAGUGGCUACGUGUAAAUAUUUUAGGGAUAGAUAUGAUAACCCAGAGAGUAAGAGAAAAAGAAAAGAAAGAUCUGAGAAGGAGAAAAAAGAGAAGGAAGAAAAGGCUGUAACAGCAGUAAAGAAGGAACCUAUUGCAGCAGAACAGUUCAUACAACGACUAAAGCAAAAGAAAUCAGAUAAAUAUUUGAAAAUUGAAGUUCGGGCCAUUGUGAGGAAUCAGGAUGAAUUUCCGUGCACUGUGGCCAUGAUGCCUGACAACAUACUUCUCAAUGUUAAUCAAGAUGUUGUCUCUUUUGACCAUUCCAGAGUGAUACUGAAAAACCAUCCACCAGAAGAAGACAGUGAUUAUAUCAAUGCCAGCUUUAUUGAUGGAUUUUGUAAACAGAAAGAAUACAUUGCUACACAAGGUCCAAGACAAAAAACCAUUCCUUGUUUUUGGCAUAUGGUAUGGCAGGAGAAUGUCCAUUGUAUUGUCAUGGCAACAGGCUUAUUUGAGAAUGCUAAUCAACAGUGUGACAAAUAUUGGGGAGAUGUGUUCAGUGCUCAGAGAUAUGUCCGACAUGGUGAUAUACACAUCUGGUUAGACUCCACCAUGGAAAUGGCACAGCUGACAGUUCGCUCAUUCAGAAUACAACAUGAAGGAUCUUCUGUUGAACGUAAAGUCAAACAUUUUGAAAUGGUUGGUUUUAACGAUGAAGCUACAGAUCCUGGCUUUAUUUUAGAUGUCUGUCGUCGUGUAAACAACCAUGUUACUGCCACCUCUGGACCUAUACUUGUACAUUGCAGGUGUGGGGGUGGUAAAACAGCAGUAUUUAUUGCAAUAGACUAUUGUUUAAAACAACUACAAUCAGAUGCAAAUGUUGAUGUGUAUAGUACUGUUUUACAUCUACGCAAAUUUAGAAAAAAUAUGGUGCGCUCUUUGUUCCAGUAUCGCCUUAUAUAUGAAUCUGUAUCUAUGCACAUACAGUGUGGUGCCACUGUAAUGACAGAGGCAGAGGUACCUAUCAUAGCUCAAUGUCUGUCCAAAGAAAAUCCUAAAUCUAAAAUGUCCGGAUUUGAGAAAGAAUUUCAGACAAUUCGUACAUUAGUGCCAAAGUUAAGCAUUGGUGAUUGUGCUGGAGGUCACAGGUCAGAAAACAGAAACAAAAGUCGAGACAUCAUGCUUCUUCCACCCGAGAGGGCCAGACCAUAUCUUUUAACAGCAGAAUCUGGUGACAAUGGUACUGACUUUAUUAAUGCAGUCUUUGUAGAUGGUUAUUACCAAGAGAACAACUUCUUAGUAACCCAGUGGCCUAUGCAACACACAGUUAAUGAUGUAUGGAGAUUGAUCUAUGAUUACAAGAUUACUUCCCUUGUUGUGUUAAAUGAACAGAAGUUUUCAAGGAAGUAUCCCUGUUUCUGGCCAUCAUGGACUGAAGAGGAACAGAAGUUUGGUCCAAUAGCUGUCAGAUUCCUAGCCAGUCAGAAGCUCAACAAUAUUACAGUCAGAGCAUUCUCUAUAAGAAAGAAUUUAAGCUGCAUGCCAAUGCUUCAUACAGAACUUUCCCAGGAAUUAGUGACCGUUAGGAUGUUUCAUUUAACAUGUUGGUUAGGAAGAGAGAAAGACUCAAUGAAUUCCAAAUCUCUUAUCUACCUCAUGGAGCUGGUAGAACAAUGGCAGCAUAGGAAUAAUCCUUUAAAUCCUGUGUGUGUCAUGUCAAAAGAUGGAAUGAGUCGAUGUGGAGUUUAUUGUGUAGCCAACAUUUGCUGUGAUCAAUUAAAAGCUGAGGGUGAAGUGGAUGUUUUUGGUGCUGUACGAGUAGUGAAGAAAAAUAGGCCUGCAUUGAUUCCAAAUGUAAUGGAAUAUAUUUUUUCGUAUUCCUUGUUGGUGUCUUUUCUGGCAAUGAUGCAAGAGAACAAACCGAAAAUUGUGAUAACAGGGCCCGCUGCUAAGGAAGGUCAAAUUAAUCGUGGAUAUGGACUGUUAGAAACACAGAAUAGUCACAUGUUGUUAGAGGAUCAAUUAGAUGAGAUAAGUAGGUCAUCACAGUUAAGUUUUUACACUGCUGGAGAUCAGACGCCUUCGAUGGACGGUAUUUGUCUGGCAGCAAGAGGACACAUUGCUACAUGUAAACGCCCAGUAACGCAGCUGCAAAUUCCUCACACAGACAUUUCCAGUAACUCUUCAUCUGAUAGUAUGUAUGAGAAUGCAAUGUCAAAUAAUUCAUCACGACAAAACUCGUUGAAAGAUUCAAGGAAAAAGAACAAUAGUAAAAUGAAUGGUUCACCAAACAUUAGUAUGGGAAAUGGCAGUGUUAGCUCAAAAUUAAUACAGGUCGAUAGGCGGACUAAACCUUCAGUAUGUCCCUCAGGGUCAGCUCAGAGUAUGGAAUACUACACUCCCCACAAGGUUCCUUCUAUAUCUAGUAGUAAAACUAGACGACCAAAACCUGCCUUAAAGAGACAAGAUGCAACAGAAGAUCUGGAAAUGAUAAGUAUAGACAUUGAAAAUCAAAACCAUGUUUGUCUUUCAUCAUCUCAUGUAUGAUAUUAUCUCAUGUAUGAUAUUAUCUCAUGUAUGAUAUUAUCGGGUCAUUAUUGCCAAAAUGUGUUCAUCUUCCUGGAAUGCAAUGAUACAGAUUAUGAUUGAAAUACUGUGGAUUCAUUAUUAUUGGAGAUGGUUUUAAUAUUCAUGGAUUUCAUGGGGAAAGGUUAAGCAUUUAUUGAGUUAUUGAACAAAAAAAUACAAAUUUAUUAUAGACUUGUGUGCAGAACUAAUAUCAAAACCAAGAAAUAGAAUAUCCCCUUUUUUCAAUCCACAGAAAUUGGGACCAAAGAAAAAUAAAUGAAUUUACAGUAGACUAAGACAAUUAGGCUGAAAGCAAUUGAAAUUUUAUUUUCUUCUAAAAAACAUGACUAGAUUUACAGUAGAACCCAUUAGUCUUUUUAAAUAAUUUUUGGGAAGUAGCCAAUUUCCUUUAUAUUGUUACAACAGCUUUAACGAAACCGGUAGCUGUUGAGAUGAAGCUUUUUCUUGUAAAUUUUAAUUUCAACAGCUGACAUUUUAUAAAAAAACUCUGUAAAAGUCAAAAUUAAAUUGAACAUGACAAUGAAAAUAAAAUAAUUGUUAACAUUGUAGGGGUUUUGCUGUUAUUAUUUUAAAUAAUAUGCUACUAUUACGCGACAUGCAUGGAAUAUGGUGCUUUUCAGAAAAAUGAAUGAUUCUUUUUUCAUCAUCUUUUUUAUGGCUUACCCAAUUAAUCAAUUUUUUAAAUGUAGUGUGAUGUUAUCAAAUGUAUACAGUUUUUGAAAGAUAUGAUUAUUGAUCAUUAAAACAUUAAAAAUAUAUUAUUUUUGUUAAAUUGAUGCAAGUUUUGUUAACAUUGGAUCUGUUAUUAAGGAAGGCUGAGAUUUGGAAAUAAUGGGAAAUCAUUAUGGAUGAAAAAUGUUUGUAUUGUCACUUCAGUUUUUCAGGAAAUUGCUGUUCUAUCCAAGUAUUCUACCAAACCACAAAAAGGAAAUUACUGUAAAACCCCACCUUCAAAACCACAGGAAAUAUUUGUGAAACCCUGCCUCAAAACUACAGAAAAUAUUUGUUAAACCCUGCCUCAAAACCAAUGGUAAUAAUUGUCAAACUCUGUCUACAAAACUAAAUGAAAUUACAGUUUAACUCUGCUACAGGAAAUUACUGUUGAAGCACCUGCUUAUAAAACCACAGGAAAUUACUAUUGGACCAUAGAAAGCAUCCAAAGUAAUUUACUCUUUAUCGUACCGCAGGAAAUUACUGGUAAACCUGAUUUAACAUAGCCACAUAAAAUUACUGUUAAAAUCAGAUUUAACAUAGCCACUUAACGUUACUGUUAAACCGUAAUUUAACAUAGCCACAUGAUAUCACUGUUAAACCCGGAUUUAAAAUAGCCACAUGAAAUUACUGUUAGACCCUUAUUUAACAUAGUCACAUGAAAAAAAAAAUUAAAUACAUAAUAAAAAUGUCUCUUGCUUAAAAUCACAUGUUAACUAAAACCCGGUUGAAGUAACAAGGGGGGCAAAUCUAGUACAAGGUGUUAUCAAUUAGGUACAAUGAGAGUUACCUCCCAUUGUAUGCAAUUACUGUUAAACUCAGAUUUAACAUAGCCACAUGAAAUUAACGCUAGACCCUAAUUCAACAUAGCCACAUGAUAUUACUGUUAAACCCUAAUUUAAAGUAGCCACAUGAAAUUAACUUUAAACCCUCCUUACAUAUCCAAAUAAAAUUGCAUACUGAACAUUAUUAAGAACUCAUUGAUUAAUUACUGCAAGACUAUCUGUGCCAUUAAUUUUGAUCCAUUUACCAUAAAAAUUGAAAAAUUAAAAGAUAUUUUGCAUAUAAAAUCUGCAGAUUUAUCACAAAUUAAAAACAUUGGUCUCCAGUGCAACUCUGAGUGAGUUAAUAUUUAUUACUGUGUAAUUUGAUUUUGUGAAUAUGAUGGUGAAUUGUCAGAACAAUUUUCUUCAAACCAAUACUCUUUAUGAAAUCAUGGUGCUAUGCAUGUGUAAUUUUGUAAUACAGAAGUGUAUAAAAUGUUUUAAUGUAUAUGUGAAUAGGUAGUCACUUUUUGUGGGUUUUUGAAGUGUUAGAUGUUUGUGUAUACACUAAUAAUUUUGUCCAGCUUUAAAAUGUUAUUAGUACUAAUUACCGUCAAAUACAUUCUUAUCAAUGUUUAUAUUCACAACAACAAAAUUGCAGUAUAUUAUGUAAGGAUUUUUGUUAACUUUUGCUUACUGGCAAUUUGAAAAUAGUGUAUGUAUAUCACAACUGCAUAUAUCUAAAAAAUAAAAUUCAGAUUAUUUUUUGAAUUCAUAGAUUUUUCCUCUAUGUACAAAGUACCGGUAAUGAUCAUUGUUCCCUACUUUGUGAAUAAAAUUUCCUUGAAAUAUUUUUAUGGAUCUAUUGUUAUCUUGGUAUCAUAAGGAUUGAAUGAAUUAAGCAGUUAUGGCCCUUUGAUAUCUUUCAAAUGCAGUUAUUUAUGAUGGUAUUAAUAUUUUAAUUGUUUGAAUGGAAUUUGAAAUAUUUGCUUAUACCGUGUAUGUGUGAUAAUAUUCACAUGCCAAUAUUUGUAAACUUGACAAAAGAAGAUGCAAUGAUUUUAUAUAUUAGGCUGACUAGGUUCCUGUUGAAUGUUUGUUAACUAGGGACCAGUAAGAUUUUGUGUUAAAGUUUGAUGUUUUAUUUUUAUUUGUUGAAAUAAUAAUAUUCAUGUUUGUUAAACUCAUGUUGGUUGUGAAAUUUGUUUUCAUACAAAUUCCAUAAAUUUGUUGCUCAUAAUGAGGCUCAUUGUCAUAUAGUUACUGUAUGUGUAAACACUUCUGACUUAUUAUAUUGUAUAGGUCUGUUGAAAUGUCAAAAAUAGUCUUAAAAGAUUUUUUUUUAACUAAUUUUGUGCAUUGAUCACACACACAUGAGUGAUUAUGGCCCUUUGCAUAUUCAAAGGAAUAAAUUGAUAGAAAUUCAUUGGUAUAAUGAUAAACAUAUGUAGAGUAAAUUUGGGCCAAAAAAUCUUGAACAUUAUUUGUGAAAAUAAGUAAACAGAAAGAGAAUAGAAAUUGAAUACCUUGAAAAGAUGUUGGUCUGAGAGAAAGAAACUUUGAGGCAAACAGUAGAAGAUAAACAUCUUUGCUUUAGGUUAUUUACCAUCAAUUUAUCAGAGUUCUUAUAACAUCCUUGGUAAUUCUGGCUUUUCUUUAAAUUGACCAGUUGUAUGAAAUUUUAUGUUUUCAAAUUUAAUUCUUAAUCUUAUUUUUUGUAAGUAUAUAAAUAUAUACAUGUAAUUUUUUUUUAUGCAAAUUGAACGUUUGAACAAUAUAGUUGUAUAAUGUUUCUGUAAGUUGAAGCCAUUGUUUUGUCUAUGAUAUAUAGUAGUUUGAUAUAAAUACCAUUUAUAUGUAAUGAUUAAUUUAUACAAAGCAAAACACACAGAAUCAAAAUCUGUUAUUAAUCCCCACCAACAGAAUAGUAUAAAGUUGUUCUCUUAAAACUAAAAUGGAAGUACAUGUACUUUGAGCUCUCUUUCAGCAACUGAGAGCAUUCUUAAAUGGAGUAUUAUCAUAUCCCCUGUUUUGUCAUCUCCGCACACUUCAGUACACAAUUGUAUCUACAUCUUGAAUCCCCUAGUCAGAACUUAAAGACACUUUUUUUGUGAACACAACUCCUCUGAGACUGUUUGACAGAAAGCUCUCAUAUUUGGUAGAAUUGUUUUUCAUCAUGUGUAGUUAUUAUACUAUACCAUGAUUUGAUUCGACCAUUUUUGUCUGGCCUUAUUGAGUCAAAAAGCGAGACAUAGGUAUGCUGUUUCCGGCGGCAGCGUCAACAAUGUAUAAGUUUGUGAUUAGGUCUAGUUUACGGUGAACCACUAGUGUUAGGUCAAUGAUAUUUGGUACGCAGUUGUAUCAGCAUUGGCACAUCUCAUUAUCAUGGAGAUUAUUUGGCCCCAUCCCCUCAGUCAUGGUAUAUUGACUUUGAAACUUUGCUAAGUUUACAUGUAUUAGUGUGAUUCGGUCAGUUUAUGGGGAACCACUAGACGUAGGUCAAUGAUAUUUGGUAUGCAGUUGUAUAAGCAUUAGCACAUCUCAUGUCCAUGGAGAAUAUUUGGUCCUUACCCCUCAGUCAUGGUCUAUUGACAUUAAAACUUUUGCUAAGUUUACAUGUAUUAGUUUGUGAUUAGGUCAGUUUAAGAUGAACCACUAGUGUUAAGUCAAUGAUAUUUGGUAUGCAAAUGUAUUGGCAUUUACUUUGCAAGUUUCAUUUCCAUGGAGAUGAUAUAACUCCACCCCCUAAUUAUGGUUCAUUGACUUUGAAACUUUUACAUAGUUUACAAGUUAAUGUUUGUGUUUAGGUUUGUUUAAAGGGAACGACUUAUGAAAAGUCAAUGGUAUUUGGUAUGCAGUUGUAUUAGCAUUGGCACAUCUCAUUUCCAUGGAGAUUGUUUAGCCCUGUACCUUCAGUCAUGGUUCAUUGACUUUGAAUAUUUGCAUAACUUACAUGUUAAAGUAUUGCUAUUUUAAUUUCAACAUUUGCAUUAUCAAAGUAACAAAUAGGCGAGACAUAUCUCUGUGUUAACAGUUUAUUUGGACAGUUGUCACACAAUGACACUUUGUGAAUGCAACUCCUCUUAGACCAUUUAAAAGAAAACUUGUAUAUGCAGUAGGAUUGCUUGCCAUCAUGUGUAGUUGACCAAACUUAUUUGUCAUUUUGAUUUGAUAUUUCCUGCUGGAGUUGUUAGACUAUCCUCUGUCAGCUUAUACUCUCACCAUUUGUCUGUAUUUCACAGUACACAUCAUUGGAGGACAAUAUCAGCAUAGCAAUCUUUGUUAAUCCACUUUAAUUUUUUAAAGAGAGGUUAGGGUUGAGAUACUUGAAAUAAAAUGGGAACAACGUAAUGCGUUUGUCUCAAGUCCGGAACCUUUUCAGUGGUUAAAUCAACUUAUUUUUAGGGAUACCUUUUUCACGGUUAGCCCUUUUUUACCGAUUUGACAUUUUCUUGUUAUUUGUCUACUCGUGAAAUAAAUCAUCGCUUUACAAAAUUAGCUGGUUUACAGUAUUAUCUUAACAUUAUUUCCUUUAGUUG